AUGACCUCACCACUGGCAGCAAAUCACUACAAGAUUUAUCCACGCCCCGACAUGCCAGCCUGUGACAAUUUCUUCUGGAUGUUAGUUUGGAUCAAGUGGCUUGAAUUGUUUCACUAUGGGCGAACUCUCCAGCCGAGCAACUUCAUUUUCCCCGCAAUGAGUGCAAACGGUGUCGUGCAUCCUGGACAGCCAGUCUCUCACAAUACUGUACAAAAAUGGAUCAAUGAGUCAACCGCUGGGCCUGGCAUCUGUGGUAACUUCUCAACGCACUGCUUUCGUCGGGGAGGUGCACAAUACUGGUUCAUGUUUGCUCCAGUAGGCCAGCGGUGGACACUUGCUAAAGUUCGUUGGUGGGGUGGAUGGGCUGAUGGCGAGCAGCGUGAUACACUUGUUUGCUACCUCCUCGAUGAACUACAUGCAUAUGAGACCGACUACAGUGAUGCCCUUGCCCCCAUCUCCUGCGGUGCUGAUGCCUCCCUCGCUGGUGAACAUGCUCUUGCCAGACCAGCAUCGACAGAAGGGCUUCGCAUGGCUGCCUGCACCACAGCAAUCGCUCUCCAGCAUCUCAAUUCAGGCCCCCGCUUCGCCGACAUCUCUGAGUGUGCCUCCCGCACACCAACUCCACCUGUUGAACAGCCGCUUUUACCCAGGCCUGUUAUCAGCCAAACUCUCCCUACCACCAAGCCAUCCAUCUGCACCUCGUCACAACAACUCCCCACCAUGCUGCCCAUCAGCAUCACUCGGGCUUCGAGUUCACAGAAACUCCCAACAUCCGGCCUUGUGAUCCCUCGGGUCCCAGUUUCUUGUCCCAAUGGCACCACGAGCCCGAAGAACAAGUCCUGGAAGGAGAUAGUCGAGCACUGGUUAGUUGGGGAUCGGGACCAAGGACUCACCAUGCCGUUGAAAGAUUGGCCGAGGGAGUGGUACCAAGGCGCUAAUAGACGGUUCGCGUUGAAGUACCAUCAAAGGGCGACCAUUGCGCUAGAACUCAUCAAUCAGUAA